AUGAGAGGCUUGUCUCCCUUUCUCCCUUCCGGCCGGAGGACAAGCUGCAUGCUGAUUGUGGUGUACGGCCUGCCGGCGUCAGGGAAGACCACCCUGUGUAGGGCUCUCUCAACAUCUCCUCAGUUCGCAGAAAACCUCUCUCGCUCCUUCAACGACGCUUGUUGUUUUGGGAUCGAAGGAAAUCCUGAAGGCGCCGUAAGGCAUCUGUGUCGGCGCCACGUAACCAUUCAUCACAUCUGCUUCGACGCCAUCGAGCAGGACGUGCUGCAUGCGCAGGCGAAAAGCGUCCAGCGGCCGCAGGGUCCCGUCGAAGCAAAACGAGAAGAAAGUUCUGAACACGUCCCGUCCGGUUCGUUUUCGUGUGUAGCCGUUUGCUCGGAUGCUUCCCCCUCCUCUUCCUCACCACACAUUUCAUCUUCGUUCCCUGCUUCGUCUUCCGCGCCUUCCUCCCCCCACUCCUCUCCAUCUUCUUCCUCCCCACCUCUCUCUUCUUCCUCUCCAUCUCCUUCUUCUCCUCCCCUGCGUUCCUUCUUCGUGACUCAGGGAGACGGUCGCGGAGAACAAAGAGACGGCAACAGACGCAGGCGUUUUCCAGAGAGGAGAUCCGCGUCUCUUGACCUUUCCAGCGGAGAACCGUCUAAGCGGGCCGUCGAGCAUGCAUAUGUCAAGGAAACUUGCAACGAGACGCUGACGGAAGAGCAGGAAAGGGACAGAGACAUUUCCUGCUUUGACCCCGGAACAUGGAAGCGAGCUCGGCAGGUCGCCCACGUCCGCAUCCGAGACAUUCUGGAGCGUCGUGAGGUGUGGUAUAAACGGCAGGCUGCUUGUGAAGAAGAAAGAGAAGAGCGAGAGGAAAAAGGAGAGGAAGGAGAAGAACUGAACGGAAACAAAGGAGAAGAAAGAGAAGAAGAGGGAGAACGAGGAGAUACAUGGGGGGAGCGGCGCGAGCGGAGGGAUCUGAAGGAGAGAGACGAAGGCCAUCGAGGACCACCACAGAAGAAGGCAGAAGCUGGGGUCUCAUUAGCAGCAGCAGCUUCCUCACUGAGGUUUGAGGAAGUGACGGGUAACGCCUUGGGUGGGAGCAAAAGAAGCGAGGAGUCGCGGGGCAAUGCCCAUCAUCGCGCAUCUUCCCUUGAGUCUCCCUGCGCCGCUUCGCCCCCUUCUGCCUUGGACGCAGUUGCCUCUUCUCCCUUGCUUGUUUUGCUCGUGGACGACACCAUGCAUCUCACCUCCAUGAGGAAAAAGUUGUUCCGUCUUGCUUCGCAAUACCGCUGCGCCUUCCACCAGGUGUAUCUCGACGUUCCUCUCCACCACUGCCUGGGACGGAACGCGCUCCGUUUUGCGUCUGCCAGGUAUUCGGACAAAGGCGAGCCUGCGCGCGGCAGAGAGCAAAAGGCCCAGACGAGAACGAAAGCGAAAGAAGCGAGCGACACCGACGCAGCGAGCGAAGGCGGUCGGACAGCAGCGGGGUCUCGCGCAGUUCAGAAGGGGCGACUGGAACUGUGCGCGAAAGCUGAACGAGAAAAGACGCUCGAAAGAAAACAAAGCAAAGACGACCGACGGACAGAGAACGGAAACGAACAUGCGGCUGCGCCCCCGCCGCGCCAGGUGCUUCUUCGACAUUACGAAAGUUUUUGCCGUCAGCGAGACCUCGGUAGAGAUGCUGCGGGUACUCGCGAAAGAGCGUCGCCCAGCGAGCGCAUCAAAGAAGAAACGAGCAUGAAGGAAGACGAACCGAAGAUAAACGACGGAAACGAACAAGGCCAGAUCAGCAGCCAGGACAUGACAGCGUCGCCGCCACUGGAUGAAGACCACCCUUCAUCCACAAAUGCCUCUCCUUCUGCUGUGUCUCCUUCCUCUGUGUCUCCUUCCGCUGUGUCUUUCUCUUGUUCUCUCUGUGGGUCAACGCCGACGUUCAGUUCGUCGCGGCAAGAUUCUUCUGUCUCUUCAUUUUGCGUGAUGGUUUGUGACGCAUGUGCAUCUUCUGAAGAAAGCGGGCUGAGUGGAGAGAAGAGUGCAGGGAAGAACAGGAAGAAGGGGGGAAAGAAGCAGAAAGAGGGCCCAAGGAAAUGGGAGCGACUGGCGUGUCGCCACUCUUGGAGGCUUCUUCUCAGGGAGGAUCAAGCCCGAGCGGAUGUCUUCGCCAGUGCCUUUCGAGACGGUGGCUGCUGGCGACCCGCAUGCGGGCUGCGAGACGCCGAGGAAGGCGAGAAGAACAAGGACAAAGAAGGCAAAGCCUGGCGCGGGGAAAUCUUGGCCGCCCUCGACCUCGCGCUGCGGCGGCUUCUCCACAGCAUGAUCACAGCGUGCUCGGACAGGAACAAGAAAGGCGGAAACGCACUCCCGGUCAAAGAAUGGGUUAAACGGAAGGCAGAAUAUCUGGAAGAAUGUCGAAGGCGCCUCGAUCGCAGCGUGCGCGGUGAAAACGGGGAGAAAGAUUUGCAAACCAAUGUGACGCCAAGCAGGGACGAAACGGUGGCCGAGGCAGCUGCAAAACAGGGAGAGCGACACGCCAUAUGUGUUGAGAUGGUUGAGAGAUUUCGCUGUGCUUGCGUGGCUGACGUGAGGAGAUUGAUCGACUCGGCCUCCUAG